AUGGUCCCCUGCUGGAACCAUGGUAACAUCACCCGCUCCAAGGCUGAGGAGCUGCUGUCCAGAGCCGGCAAGGACGGGAGCUUCCUCGUGCGGGCCAGCGAGUCCAUCUCCCGGGCGUAUGCCCUCUGCGUGCUGUAUCGGAACUGCGUGUACACGUACCGAAUCCUGCCCAACGAGGACAAGUUCACCGUUCAGGCGUCCGAGGGCGUCCCCAUGCGCUUCUUCGCCAGGCUGGACCAGCUGAUCGAGUUCUACAAGAAGGAGAACAUGGGGCUGGUGACGCAUCUGCAGUACCCGGUGCCCCUGGAGGAGGAGGACGCCGGGGACGAGCCCGAUGAGGACACCGAAUGCGUCAUGUCUCCGCCCGAGCUGCCCCCAAGGAACAUCCCCUUAUCUGCGGGGCCCUGCGAGGCCAAGGAAGUUCCUCUUUUGAGUGAGAGCCCCCGGGUGCCCGAGUGCAGCAGGCGGAGCCUCUCGGAGACCUUGCUUCAGCGGCUGCAGGGCAUGGACACCAGUGGACUUCCCGACGAGCAUCUGAAAGCCAUCCAGGAGUACCUCACGACGCAGCUCGCCCUGGACUGCGAGUCUGUGAAGACAGGCUCCGGCGGCCUCCCGCACCUGAAGAAACUGACCACGCUCCUGUGCAAAGAGCUUUAUGGUGAGGUCAUUCGGACCCUCCCUUCCCUGGAGUCUCUGCAGAGGCUGUUUGACCAGCAGCUCUCCCCUGGCCUUCGCCCACGUGCUCAGGCCCUGCUGCAUGAGGGCCCGGAGACGCCCCACCGACGCUCCCUCAUCCCUCCCGUCACCUUCGAGGUAAAGUCCGAGUCUUUGGGAAUUCCUCAGAAGUUGCAGCUCAAGGUGGACGUGGAGUCUGGGAAACUGGUCAUUAAGAAGUCCAAGGAUGGUUCUGAUGACAAGUUCUACAGCCACAAGAAAAUCCUGCAGCUCGUCAAGUCUCAGAAGUUCCUUAAAAAGUUGGUGAUCGUGGUGGAAACCGAGAAGGAGAAGACUCUUCGGAAGGAGUACGUCUUUGCCGACUCCAAGCUCAUCAAGUCCUCUGUCAUCCGUGUGCCGUGCAGCAAGUCUGCCCUCGAGAUGUUCUGGAAAUCCAGCUGGGACAGACGCCAGGUUGUAGGUAACGCCCCCCCUCCCAAGAAGAUCACGUCCUGGUUUCUCUCCAAGGGGCAGGGCAAGACUCGGGAUGACUCGGCCGACUACAUCCCCCACGACAUCUACGUCAUCGGCACCCAGGAAGACCCCCUGGGGGAAAAGGAGUGGCUGGAGACCCUCAAGCACUCCCUCCAGGAGAUCACCAGCAUAACCUUUAAAAUGGUGAGCCGCAGGGGGAACAAGGGUGCCGUGGGGGUGUCCUUCAUGUUCAAUGGCACUUCCUUGGGGUUCGUGAACAGCCACUUGACCUCAGGGAGUGAAAAAAAGCUCAGGAGAAACCAGAACUACAUGAACAUUCUCCGCUUCCUGGCCCUGGGAGACAAGAAGCUGAGCCCUUUCAACAUCACUCACCGCUUCACCCACCUCUUCUGGCUCGGGGACCUCAACUACCGCGUGGAUCUGCCCGUCUCCAUGGGACAGGUGGUGGCAGAGGAGGAAGAAAUCACAUUCGCUCCGACCUACCGUUUUGAAAGACUGACGCGGGACAAGUACGUCUACACUAAGCAGAAAGCCACCGGGAUGAAGUUCAACCUGCCCUCGUGGUGUGACCGGGUCCUCUGGAAGUCCUACCCGCUGGUUCACGUGGUGUGUCAGUCCUACGGCACGACCAGUGACAUCAUGACAAGUGACCACAGCCCUGUCUUUGCCACGUUUGAGGCAGGGGUCACCUCCCAGUUUGUCUCCAAGAACGGUCCCGGGACCGUGGACAGCCAAGGGCAGAUUGAGUUUCUCAGAUGCUACGCCACACUGAAGACCAAGUCCCAGACCAAAUUCUACCUUGAGUUCCACUCUAGCUGUCUGGAGAGCUUUGUCAAGAGCCAGGAGGGGGAAAACGAAGAGGGGAGCGAAGGGGAGCUGGUGGUGAAGUUCGAGGAGACCCUUCCAAAGCUGAAGCCCAUCAUCUCGGACCCCGAGUACCUGCUGGACCAGCACAUCUUGAUCAGCAUCAAGUCCUCAGACAGUGAUGAGUCCUAUGGUGAGGGCUGCAUUGCCCUGAGGUUAGAGGCCACGGAGACCCAGUUCCCUAUCCACACGCCUCUCACCCACCACGGAGAGAUGACAGGACACUUCCGGGGGGAGAUUAAGCUGCAGACAUCCCAGGGCAAGAUGAGAGAGAAACUUUACGACUUUGUGAAGACCGAGAGGGAUGAGCCGUGCGGGUCCAAGAUACUGAAGAGCUUCACCAGCCACGACCCCACGAAGCAGCUGGAGCCUACCCUCAGGGUCCCCCUGUGCAGUGGCGCCGGCAUGACCGAGAUUCUCAACCCCAACUACAUGGGCCUGGGACCCCUGGGUCCCCCGACGGCCCAGCACGGCAAGCAGGCCCCGUCCCCUGACCAUCAGCCCACCGCCUGGAGCUACGACCCACUGUCCAAGGACGCCUCCCUCGGGCCUGGAAGGGGGGACAGUCCUUCGACGCCACCCUCCCAGCCUCCUGUUUCACCCAAGAAGUUCUCACCCUCGCCAGCGGUCUGGGGCCCCUGCCCCAGGACACAGGAGGCCUGGCCCAGCGACCUGGGGAAGAGCCCAGCGGAGUGCCAAGAGAACCUGCCACUGACCAAGCCGGAGAUGUUCGAGAACCCGCUGUAUGGGUCCGUGAGCGCCUUCCCGAAGCUGGCCCCCAGGAAGGAGCAGGAAUCCCCCAAGUCGCUGAGGAAGGAGCCUGGCCCAGACCCUGCCUCACCCGCCAUCUUGCUCACCAAAGCCCAGGAGACCGAGAACACCAAGGGGUCCAGCAAACAGGCCCCUGUGCCCCGGCUCCGCUCCUUCACCUGCUCAUCUUCGGCUGCAGAGGGCCGACCGCCGGCCGGAGGGGAAAAGAACCCAGGCAAGCCCAAGCCCCCAGCCAGCACCCCGGUGCCCGUGGCCUUGCCCGUACCGGCCAAGAGGCCCGUGAAGCCGUCCCGCUCUGAGAUGAGCCAGCAGGCCCUGCCCGGGCAGCACCGGCCACCCCUGCCCGUCAAGAGCCCGGCCGUGCUGCACCUGCAGCAUGCCAAGGGCCGCGACUACCGUGACAACAGCGAGCUCCCGCACCAUGGCAAGCACCGGCACGAGGAGGGUGCGCUUGGCAGGACCGCCAUGCAGUGAAGCCCCUGGGAGCCACCAGCGAGACACGGAGCCCGGGGAGCGCCACGCAGCCCUGCGGACCUCGGUGGCCUCCCGUCUGCUGCUUCACCACAGGGUUGCUGCGUGGUGGCUAGCUGGAAGGGACAGCCUCCCCGGCUCCAACUUCGCCAUGGUGCUUGGGACCCAAGAGGGUGCUUCAGGCCGCUCCUUGGAAGCCAGAAUCUGGAGUGCAGAUUCCCAGGCUGGGGCAGCGAUCCCAGAUGAUGAAGAUAAUAAUAAUAAUAGUAAUAAUAAUAA